AUGCUGGCGGAAGCCUGGCAGGAGGACUGUGUGUGCUCCUACGGAAUGAAGCUCAGUUGGGAUAUCAACGAUCCGCAGAUGCCUCGGGAGCCGGCCCACUUCGACCACUUCUGCGAGUGGCCUGACGGCUACGUGCGCUUCAUCUACCGCAGCGACGAGAAGAAGGCCCAGCGCCACCUGAGCGGCUGGGCGAUGCGCAACACCAACAACCACAAUGGCCACAUCCUCAAGAAGUCGUGCCUGGGCGUGGUGGUGUGCGCCCGGGGCUGCGCCCUGCCCGACGGCUCCCGCCUGCAGCUGCGGCCCGCCAUCUGCGACAAGGCGAGGCUGAAGCAACAGAAGAAGGCGUGUCCCAACUGCCAUUCCGCUUUGCAGUUGAUCCCCUGUCGAGGGCACAGCGGGUACCCUGUAACCAAUUUCUGGCGGCUGGAUGGCAACGCGAUAUUUUUUCAAGCCAAGGGAGUUCACGAUCACCCAAGACCAGAGAGCAAAUCAGAGACGGAAGCUAGAAGAAGUACCAUCAAGAGACAAAUGGCCUCUUUUUACCAACCCCAGAAAAAGAGAAUUCGAGAGCCAGAGACUGGGGAGAAUCAAGACAACAGUGGACAUUUCAACAACAUGCCUUUCUUGGAAGAUCCACAAGAGUUUGAUGUAAUUACUGAUACCGGCUUCCCUAUUCCAGGGCAGCCUUGCUUUUCCUUCCAAAACUCAGAUGCUUACAAAGCCACCUGUGACCUCGCCACCUUUCAAGCGGACAUAAUGCCACCCUUUCAGAAAUAUCCAAACCCAAGAAUCUAUUUGCCCAGGGCACCUUGCAGCUAUGAAUUGGCAGGUCCUAGUUAUACAAAUCCAAGUGCACAUCCCACCCUUUAUAAAAAUUCCAGCAGUAUCCCGAACGACACAGACUUGGUCCAUCUAAAUGCCCUGCACUAUAGUGUCAAUUCAUACAGCAGCUUUGAGAGGAGCUUUGAUUUCGCCAGUAAACAGCAUGGCUGGAAACCAGCUCUUGGGAAACCUGGCCCUGGGGAGAGGACUGACCAUGGACAGUUCCAGGCCGUCGCCACUCACCCCUAUUAUAACACAGAGCUUCCCUGCAGGUACCUCACGACUCCCCCCGCAGGUGCUCCAGCACUACAGACCGUGAUCACCACCACCACCAAAGUGUCCUACCAGGCCUACCAGCCCCCUGCUCUGAAAUACUGUGACAACGUACAGGAAGUUAAGAGCCUUGCAGGGUGUAACUAUGCUUCUGAAAAUAUCCCCGUGUCCGUCUAUCCGGAAGACUUGGACUUGCCAACCACAGCGGCCAGGGCAGCCUCUCCAGGAGGGCCACUGCCUUUGAAAAUUCCAGGUGAUUGCAGAACCAUGAGACCUAGUUUGGCUUUUCCUCAAGAGUCGGCUCCCUCCAGGACAGACGGAGCAGAGACUUGGGAUGUGUGUUCACUGAGGUUGGGGUCUGCAAUCAGUUACUCCGAUGGGGUUAGUCCAUUCUUUAGCUAUGACAAUGAGGACUUUUGA